GCCGCCGCCUUCCCGCGCCCCGCCGCGCGAGACUUCCCGCCUCUUCCCCGGGAACGGGGGGCCGGGGGCGUGGCCAUGCAAAGCAGGGGGCGGGGCCAGGCAAAUUCCGCGCGGCAGGAGCGGCGGCGGCAGAGUCUCCUUUCUCGGCUUCCUCGUGAAUUCCCAAGAUGCAGGCGGACUCGCUCCUUCACAGUGGCUACUUCCACCCCGUGCUACGCUCUUGGCAGUGCACAGCAACCACCUUCGAUGCCUCCAACCUCAUCUACCCGAUUUUUGUCACUGACAGCCCUGAUGCGGUGGAGCCGAUCGCCAGCCUCCCUGGACAAGCCAGGUACGGAGUCAACAAGCUGGAAGGAAUGCUGCGGCCCCUUGUCGAGGACGGCCUGAAGUGUGUGCUUAUCUUCGGGGUGCCCAGCAAGGUCCCCAAGGAUGAGAGAGGCUCUGCCGCUGAUGCAGAGGACACGCCUGCCAUCCAGGCCAUCAAGAAGAUCCGCUCCACCUUCCCAGAGCUGCUCAUUGCCUGUGAUGUCUGCUUGUGCCCUUACACCUCCCACGGGCACUGCGGCAUCCUGCGUGAAGAUGGCACCAUCCAGAACGAGAUCAGUUGCCAGCGGCUAGCAGAAGUGGCACUGGCUUACGCCAAAGCAGGCUGCCACAUUGUUGCCCCCUCGGACAUGAUGGAUGGGCGCAUCGCGGCCAUAAAGCAGGCGCUGAUCUCCAGUGACAUGGGCAACAAGGUCUCGGUGAUGAGCUACAGUGCCAAGUUUGCUUCAUGCUUCUAUGGUCCCUUCAGGGAUGCUGCGCAAUCCAAACCCGCCUUCGGAGACCGGCGAUGCUACCAGCUGCCGCCAGGCGCCAGGGGCCUGGCGCUGCGAGCUGUGGACCGGGACGUGCGUGAGGGAGCAGACAUGCUGAUGGUGAAGCCCGGGAUGCCCUACCUGGACCUCGUGCGGGACGUCAAGGACCGACACGCCACGCACCCGCUGGCGGUGUACCACGUCUCGGGGGAGUUCGCCAUGCUGUGGCACGGCGCCCAGGCCGGGGCCUUCAGCCUCAAGGCCGCGGUGAUGGAGGCGAUGGCCGCCUUCAGGCGCGCAGGGGCCGACGCCAUCAUCACGUACUUCGCGCCGCAGCUGCUGCGCUGGCUGAAGGAGGAGGCGGCGGCGGGGCGGGCCUGAGCGCGGCGGGCGGGGCCGGGGCCGGGGGGGGGGCCGGGACCGGGCUCCCGGGGCCGGGCGGUUCCCGACGCGGCGG